GAAGCUAUAAAUUGUCAUCAAGACAAUUUGUAUAAAAAAAAUAAUACAAGAUAAGAUCUGACCUUAUUAAUCAAAAUUCAAAAUUUUUUUUAUUAAUGUGUGACUCAAACCAAAAAAUUAUAAAUUUAAAAUGUGAAGUAACUGAUCUUGUGUACAAUAAAUUUAGUACGAACGAUGAAACCCUCGAUCCGAUCAUACAAAAUUAUCUAAAAUGGGAGAAAAUUCAAAGCAACAGAGAGCAUAUAAUAGCAUUGGUGCGAAGAAGAGACAUAGUCACCCUCAAAAAAAUGUUACUAAAUCGAUUAGAAAUAAUUGGAGGUGUGAUUAAAGGUGAUAUGAUACCAGGGUAUAACGGUAUGAAUGAUUUGGUGGUUAUUCAAACCGGGCAAGGAUUACUAAAGUAUUUAGAAAAUGUUGAUAAAGCUAAUUUAAGAGAAUUCGGCAUUGUGAUUGGUUAUGAUGCAAGAAAUAACAGUAAAAGAUAUGCGGAACUUAUCGCCACGAUUUUCGUUGUAGAAAAUUAUCCAGUGAAAAUGUUUUGUAAAGAAAUUAUAACUCCAUUUGUUUCCUUUACAGUUACAAAAUAUGAUUGCGUAGCUGGUAUCAUGAUAUCAGGUGGAGUUUGCCCAAAAAAUGUUAACGGGAUUAAAAUUUUUUCUUCAAAUGGUUGUCAAGUGACCCCACUCAUGGAGUCAGAAAUACAGAAGUUUAUUUUGGAAAAUUUGGAACCUCAGCAACAUUGUUGGGACACCGAAAUUUUAGAAUAUGCCGAUUUGGCAUUGUUUUCGGAUCCUUAUGAAGAAAUUCUUGAAAGUUACAUUAAAUUGGUGAAUAACAUUAUAAUAAAAGAGUAUAGAGUGAUAGCUUCAAAAUCGCCUAUUAAAUUUGUUUUCACCGCACUACACGGAGUUGCUUAUGAUAUUUUUAAACAAGUCGUUAACAAUCUCUGUGUGAAAAUAGAACCAGUCCCUACUGAAAUCGAACCAGAUCCAAAAUUUCCUCUGAUUAAAAGCCCGAAUCCUGAAAAUCCACUGGUAUUGAAUAAGGCUAAAAAUCUAGCUCAAAAGAGUAAGCUUAGAUAUGUUAUUGGAGCCGAUCCUGAUGGAUGCAGAACGAUUUUUUCUAAGCUCAGAAUAGAUAAUAUAACAUGGAGAACUUUUGAUCCUAACGAAUUGGGAGCUUUAUUCGGUUGGUGGGUUUUAGAUCAGUACAAGAAGAAGAAAGAAAAAAAGGUGGAUUUAAAAAAUGUUUAUAUGAUUGCUAGUUGUGUUAGCUCAAAAAUUUUAAGAACCAUGGCAGAAAUAGAAAAAUUUAAUUUCGUUGAAACUCUUCCGGGAUUUGGAUGGAUCGCUAACGAAGCAUAUGAUUUAAAACAAAAAGGUAAAGAAGUAAUUUUCUGUUUUGACGACGAUUAUGGUUAUAUGUUCACCGAUGAGUUAUUAGAUAGAGAUGGAAUAAUAGCCAGUGUACAAAUAAUGACGAUAGUCUCGUUUCUAAAUUCACAGCAGCAAAGUAUUGGCGAUAAACUAGAUGAAAUUUACACCCAAUAUGGAUUUCAUAUCAACAUUGGCUCAUAUUUUACCGCUCAAAGUUAUGAGGUGAUUGAGAAAAUCUUUGACGAAAUUCGUCAUCACCAACAAGAUAACGUGCAGGAUAAAUUGGAAAAGUCGUGUAAUUGUGCGUUUGGACAUUAUGAAAAUCCGAAUCAGAUAAUUUAUCCUCAAUCGGUUGGACAUGGAAAAUUUUGUAUCGAUUACAUUCGGGAUGUAUCGGUUGGUUACGAUAAUAGUCAACCUGAUAGAAAAUCAACCUUUGCUAUUCAACCAGAUAUGCAAAUGAUAACUUUUUUAUUCAUUAAUGGUAUUAAUGCCACACUUAGAAUGAACCCCAAAGAAGCAAAAUUGAGAUAUUGCGCGGAGUUAAUUGUUAAAAAGAGGAGUAUGAGUAUAUCAAAUGGACGGAGAUUGGUUAGUGAAGUUAUUCAUAGAAUUAUUUGUGAUUUUAUUAAUCCGACUAAAAACGGUUUAUCUUUAAGAAAGUAUUAAAGCAAAUAAGGGAUGAUUUUAUUUUGAAACUAAAAAUAAUGAAAGCAAAGUAAGAAUAAUAAAUA